AUGUACUUUUAUAGAAACCUUAUGGGAAAGGCCGCCAGUAAUGUUACUCACAUUAAUAUUGCUGUCAUGAGGAAAGAGAAAGUGGGUGGUUAUGUUGCUAAAUUCUUUAAAGUUUGUUGGCCUAUUAUCAAAACUGAUGUGGUGGCUGCUGGGAGGGAAUUCUUUGAUCAGGGGCAAAUUUUGAAAGAGUUUAAUAAAACUGUGGUAACUCUGAUUCUAAAGACUGAGGAGGCAAAGCAUGUUAAGGACUAUAUACCAAUAGCUCGUUGCAUUACUGUCUAUAAAAUCAUUUCAAAAAUCAUGACCUCUAGAUUGGGCAAGGUUCUCCCUAGUGUCAUUGGUGUUAAUCAGGCUACUUUCAUUCCAGAUUGGUAUGCCAUGGAGCAAGAGCUAAAUGAAAUUGGGUUGCCUAGGAAAUUUAUCCAUUGGGUGAUGGCUGCUCAAAACACAAUUAGCUAUGUCUUCAAUGUUAAUAGUAGUGUGUCUGGGACUAUGCAGGCUAAAAGGGGUUUAAGGCAAGGGGAUCCUAUUUCCCCCUUACUUUUUGUGACUAUGAUGGAAUACCUGAAGCGGUUGUUGGAUAAUAUGCAGCAUAACUAUAACUUCAAUCAUCAUGCAAAGUGUGAGAGAUUGGGUAUUACAAACAUCACCUUUGCUGAUGAUGUGCUUUUGUUAUGCAAAGGGGAAGUAAACUCUGUCAAUAGAUUACUUUCUACUGCCAAUGUUUUCUCUGCUUCAACAAGAUUGGUGAUUAACCCUAAGAAAUGCAAGGUCUACUGUGGUGGUAUGGACAAGGUUUCUAAGGUUCAAGUGAUUGAGGCAACCAAUUUUGAUGAAGGGCAAUUACCCUUUAGAUAUUUGGGAGUCCCUAUUACUAGUAAGAAGCUGAACACUAACCAUCACAUGCCUCUGAUAGAUAGAAUUAUGAGCAGGAUCAUGCAUUGA